AGCCGAGCCGAGCCGUGCCGUGCCGUGCCGUGCCGUGCCUCGCCAGUGCCGGGCGGCAGGGCAGGUACGUGCGGGCGGGCGAUAGCGGCGGUCGGUGUGUGGCAGAGAUCGGGCAGGUCCCGGCUUCCCUCGACUUCCCGCCUGGUUCUCUCUGUCCCACACCACACAAUUCACUCUCCUGUGAAUAUUUGCAGUGGUGGGCCAUAGAUCUACCCUUUUGUGUCUUUCCUGACCAGUCACUCUGCAGAGUACUGCACUGUAACUUCUUACCUGAAGAAAUCAGCACGGUUUAGGAAAUGGCCAAAGUCGAAAGGUUUGCUUUUCAUGUCCCAAGUCUGGAAGAGCUUGCUGGGGUUUUGCAGAAAGGGCUUAAAGAGAACUUUGCUGAUGCUCAAGUCUCUGUUGUAGACUGUCCUGAUCUGACUAAGGAACCCUUCAACUUUCCUGCUAAAGGAAUCUGCGGAAAGCCUAGGAUAGCAGAUGUGGGAGGUGUUCCUUACCUCAUACCUAUUGCACAGAAAGAAAAAGUUUAUGAUCUAAAUACAGUUGCAAAGGACAUAGAGCUGCCUGGAGCUUUCAUUCUUGGAGCUGGAGCUGUUUCAUCCAAAGUUCUUGGAAUAAAUGCUGAGCUGAUCCCUAUUGUUCAAACCAAGAGUGAAAAAAAGCCUGCUGUAAAUGGGAGCUACGUUGCUCAGAUAAAUCCUGCAGAUAAAGGGUGCCUACUUGAGAAGUACAGCAGUAAAUACACUGAUUGUGAGUUUGGACUGUUGGCCAACCUUUAUGCCAGUGAGGGACAACCUGGUAAAGUCAUUGAAGUGAAAGCCAAUGGAAGAACCGGGGAGCUUAACUUUGUGUCCUGUCUGAGACAAACUUUAGAGAAACACUAUGGAGAAAAGCCAGUUGGGAUGGGUGGUACGUUUAUCAUUCAGAAGGGGAAAGCAAAGAUUCACAUUAUGCCUCCAGAAUUUUCUGCCUGUCCCCUAAAUACUGAUGAGGAUGUAAAUAACUGGCUCAAAUUCUUUGAAAUGAAGGCUCCACUGAUUUGUCAGCCAGUAAUUGUUUCCAGAGAUCCGGGGUUCGAUCUGCGUGUGGAGCACACGCACUGUUUCAGCCACCACGGGGAAGGAGGGCACUACCACCAGGACACCAGCCCGGACAGCGUGCAGUACCUGGGCUACUUCCAGCCCGCCGAGCUGCUCUUCCGCAUCGACAGGCCCCAGGAGACUCACCUCGUGGGGAGAGACUGAGCCCCGCGGGCCGAUUGAAUCUUCCUCAAGUACAAAUGCUGAUUUUUGUAAUGCUUCCAAUGAUGCACACUUACCAGAUUUAAGAAUAAAUAUGAGAACUGUUA